AUGUCGGAAAAUAAACAAACGCAAGACCACCAGCCGGUGGAGGCGCUCGGCACCAAGGAUGGCGCAGAGGACGUCGCCGAGUCCAAAGGAGAGUCUGCAACACAGGGAAAGAUGGUCGAUCCCGGCGAGGAUGAUGCCAUGUCUAUUACGGAGAAGCCAAGGUCGGAGAGGGCAAGCUCCUUUGAAGCUUCUAUCACGGACCGGGAAACCCCUGGCAACAGCGGGAUGCAUACCGAAAAGUCUCCACCAGCCGCGUACGACGCCCAGCAUCUUUCUUUGGCCGACGUCGAGCAGGUCGAUGUGCAAAUCCGUGACUUGCGAGUCUCUGUGGACACGUCGCCUUCGAUAUGGGACCCGACGACCUACGUGGAUCUCGCCAAGCAGAUGCUUGCCCGCGACAAGUCCCAUGAUUCCAACCACGUCAAGACGCUGCUCCAGUCCGUCUCGGCGUCUCUUGCGCCUGGCACUCUGACUGCCAUCAUCGGUGGCAGCGGAUCGGGCAAGACGACCAUGCUGAACACGCUUGCCGAGCGGAUUUCCAGCUCUCGGCUCUCGGUGGGCGGAAGCGUCGCCUUCCGCAACGUCAGUGCAGGGCAAGGCCUCGACGGUCCGGGCGGCGACAUACGGUCGGUUCGGUAUGCGUACGUCAUGCAGCAAGACAUCUUGCUCCCGACGCUGACGGUGCGCGAGACGCUGCGGUAUUCGGCCCACCUGCGACUGCCGCCGUCGACGACGACCGAAGAGCGCAUGCGGGUGGUGGAGGAGGUCAUUCUCGAGCUGGGGUUGAAGGAAUGUGCAGACACCAGGAUCGGAGACCACGCGCACAAGGGCUGCUCUGGCGGCGAGAAGAGGAGGGUGAGCAUCGGCGUGCAGCUGCUUUCGAACCCGUCCGUCUUGUUCCUGGACGAGCCCACGACGGGCCUGGACAGCACGUCGGCAUUCCAGCUCGUCCGGACCCUAAAGACGCUCGCGGAGAAGGGACGGACGAUCAUCACCACCAUUCAUCAGCCGCGAGCCGAGAUCUGGGAGCUGUUUGAUAACCUCGUCGUCUUGACCAAGGGAAGCCCCGUCUUCUCCGGACCGGCCAACGAGUGCGCCCGUUGGUUUGCCGACCUCGGCUACGAGCUGCCGCCGUUUGUGAACCCCUGCGAGUUCUUCAUCGACGUCUCGGCCGUGGACAACAGAACACCCGAGAUUGAGGAAGAGACGACCGCCAGGGUAUCCAACCUCAAGGCGGCCUGGAACCAGGAGUCCAGCCGGCGCUACCCUCCCGCGUCGGCCGGGACGCAGGUCACGUCCCGCAGGGCCAAGUCCCAGGCGCGGAGGCAUGCUUCGUUCCUGCGCCAGGUCCACGUCCUCAGCGACCGGACCUUCAAGGUCACGUACCGCGACCCCAUGGGCAUGGCGGCCUCCAUCGUCGAGGCCAUCCUGAUGGGACUCUGCACCGGCUAUCUCUUCUACAACCUGGGAAGGGAUCAGUCGGGCAUCAGGUCCCGCCAGGGAGCACUCUACACCUCGGCCGGUCUCCAGGGCUACUUGUUCCUGCUUUUUGAGGCCUACCGCCUCAGCUUGGACAUUCCUACUUUUGACCGCGAGAACAACGAGGGCUGCGUUGAUGUGAUUCCGUUUCUGCUCUCCCGAAGGCUGUCUCGCCUGCCGACCGAAGACUUUCCCGUGCCGUUUAUUUUUAGUGCUAUUUUCUACUUUAGUGAGUCGACCAUUCGGGCCCAACAAGCCACGCUGCUUGCUUUCCGCGGCUCAGUAUUCAUCAUUGUUUAUCUUUGUUUUGCUAAC